AGUGCAAAAGCGGCAGAGGUUCUGGCCCGAGAUGGUCCCAACGUACUCACCCCUCCCAAAGGCACCCCUGAAAUUGUGAAGUUCCUCCGGCAGAUGAUCAGUGGCUUCUCACUCUUGCUUUGGGCUGGAGCUGUCCUCUGCUGGAUCGCGUAUGGAGUUCAGGUUUCUCAAGCGCCUGAUGUCCCCAGAGAUAACCUCUACCUUGGAGUGGUGUUGGCCGGUGUUGUCAUCCUGACUGGAUGCUUUGCCUACUUCCAGGAAGCUAAAAGCACUAACAUCAUGGCCAGCUUCCGAAACAUGGUCCCUCAGCAAGCCUUGGUCUGGAGAGAUGGAGAGAAGAAACAGAUUCUGGCCAGUGAGCUCGUUGUGGGAGACCUGGUGGAAAUCAAAGGUGGCGACCGGAUACCAGCAGAUGUGCGGGUCAUUUCUGCCCAGGGUUGCAAGGUCGACAACUCCAGCCUGACAGGAGAAUCUGAACCCCAGAGCCGUUCUCCGGAACUCACUCACGAAAACCCCCUGGAAACAAAGAACAUCGGCUUCUACUCCACGACCUGCCUCGAAGGAACAGCCACAGGCCUUGUGAUCAGUACCGGUGACCAGACGAUCAUCGGCAGGAUUGCAUGUCUGGCCUCUGGAGUGGGCGACGAGAAGACACCUAUCGCCGUUGAAAUUGAACAUUUCGUGCACAUCGUCGGAGGUUUUGCUUGCUCCGUCGGGGUCAUCUUCUUCGUUAUCUCUCUUGGCAUGGGCUACAAAAUAAUGGAUGCCAUUGUCUUUCUCAUUGGUAUCAUUGUAGCUAACGUGCCAGAGGGUCUAAUCGCCACAGUCACAGUCAGUCUGUCCUUGACAGCCAAGCGAAUGGCAAAAAAGAACUGCCUGGUGAAAAAUCUGGAAGCUGUGGAGACCCUGGGCUCGACCUCCAUCAUCUGCUCCGACAAAACAGGAACCCUCACCCAGAACCGAAUGACGGUGGCUCACUUGUGGUUUGACAAUGAGAUCGUGUCAGCAGACACCAGUGAAGAUCAAAAGAAUCAAAGCUUCGAUCAAAGCUCAGUCACAUGGAAACACCUGUCCCGGAUUGUGGCCCUCUGUAAUCGGGCCGAAUUCCUUGCCAAGCAAGAGGAUGUCCCCAUUAUGAAGAGAGCCGUAAUGGGAGAUGCUUCUGAGACGGCCCUCCUCAAAUUCUCUGAGGUCGUCUAUGGAAACGUGAUGGCAUACAGAGAGAAAAACAAGAAAGUCUGUGAAAUCCCCUUCAACUCAACCAACAAGUUUCAGCUUUCCAUACAUGAAACAGAUGACCCUCACGACAAGCGCUUUCUUCUGGUGAUGAAAGGGGCUCCAGAGCGAAUCCUGGACCGCUGUUCUACCGUCAUGUUAAAUGGCAAGGAGGUGCCGCUGGAUGACAGCUUUAAGGAGACCUUCCAGACAGCCUACAUGGAGCUUGGAGGAAUGGGAGAACGUGUUCUUGGUUUCUGCCACCUGUUGCUUCCUGAGGAUGAGUUUCCCGACUCGUACCCCUUUGACGUCGAGAGCAUGAACUUCCCAACCAGCAACCUCUGCUUUGCUGGCCUCCUGUCCAUGAUUGAUCCACCUCGGUCCACGGUGCCUGAUGCCGUCAGCAAAUGCCGCAGUGCCGGGAUCAAGGUGAUUAUGGUGACUGGAGACCAUCCCAUUACUGCCCAGGCAAUUGCAAAGAGUGUUGGCAUCAUUUCAGAAGGCAGCGAGACAGUGGAUGAAAUUGCCAGGCGCUUGAACAUUCCUAUUUCUCAAGUGAACAAGAAAGAUGCCAGAGCAGCUGUUGUGAACGGAAUGCAGCUAAAAGACAUGACGGAUAGCGAUCUCGACGAGAUCCUGAGGAACCAUGGGGAGAUUGUGUUCGCUCGCACUUCACCUCAGCAGAAGCUCGUCAUUGUCGAAGGCUGCCAGCGUAUGGGUGCCAUUGUUGCAGUCACCGGGGAUGGUGUUAAUGACUCCCCUGCACUAAAGAAAGCAAAUAUUGGCAUCGCCAUGGGGAUUGCUGGUUCUGAUGCAGCCAAAAAUGCAGCUGACAUGAUCCUUAUGGAUGAUAAUUUUGCCUCAAUUGUCACUGGUGUGGAAGAAGGUCGCUUGAUUUUUGACAACUUGAAGAAGGCAAUCUCAUACACCCUGACAAAGAAUAUAGCUGAGCUCUGUCCUUUUCUCAUCUACAUCAUUGUCAGCUGCCCCCUGCCAAUAGGAACCAUCACCAUCCUCUUCAUUGAUUUGGGUACCGACAUUAUUCCAUCUGUCUCGCUGGCCUACGAGAAAGGGGAGACUGACAUCAUGAACAGGAAGCCCCGUCACCCAAAGAGAGACCGCCUGGUGAACUGGCAGCUUGCCCUCUACUCCUACUCUCAGAUCGGCAUGAUUCAGUCCGUAGGAGCGUUCUUCUGUUAUUUCACUGUACUGGCCCAGCAAGGUUUUUUGCCCGCACGCCUCAUCAAUAUACGAGUUUCUUGGGAGGAUAAAAAUGAUCAAGAUCUGGAAGACAGCUAUGGCCAAGAAUGGACAUAUGAGCAGCGCCGGUACCAGGAGUCGGAAUGCUACACCGCCUUUUUCGUUAGUAUUGUCAUUUCUCAACUGGCUGAUCUGAUUAUUCGGAAAACAAGAAUGAACUCCAUUUUCCAACAGGGAAUGUUGCGCAACAAGGUCCUUCUUUUUGGUCUGGCCUCCCAACUCAUCAUUGCUGCUUUCCUGUCCUACUGUCCUGGAAUGUAUGAUGCACUGCGGUUUUGCCCCCUCAGGUAA